AUGGAAGUCUCGACAGUUGGGGAUUUGUCCACCGUGGAGUGCUAUGGACCAUUCUGCACAGCUGCUUGCGACGGUGUGACCAACGUUUGUAUGUCAAAAUGUGUCGGACGCAGUUGUGAAGCACUUUGUCGAUCUACUUCUUGCGUCACAUUUGGCAUGGGGACCGUUUCCACCUCAAGUUGUUUAGGUCAUGCAUGUUUUGCAAACUGUACAGGUGAAGGUUGCAUAUCGCUGUGUGAAGGUACGGGCUGUGCAGCUGAGUGUCAUGCAAUCAAGUGCCAAGCUCAUUGUGCUGGUGCCGAUUGCGAUUCAAGGUGUUUUGGUGGACUUUGUAAACACACUACAUCGGGAAAGAAUGACUGAGAAUGAAGAAUACCUUAUAUGUGAAGUUAAUGAAAGUGAAUUAAUGAAAUGAUCUGUAUUUUAUUUAUAUUUUAUUUUGUGGAAAUGGUUUACACUAAUAUGUAUGUAAGAAAUAACUGAGUGUAACUCGCUACUUCUUGUCACUUGCGCUCAAAGCCACAGUCAGAAUUAUACAGCCAACACUGGUAUACAAUUGAAAUCAGUUUUUGAGAUACGUAAAGAAAUUUUUCGGAAUACACAUUAUCAUUGUUAUACAGGUGACAUGUAACUCGACGAAUUCCUAUCGGGAGGUAAUAAUACAAAUAAUUUCCUACAAAUUUAGCCCUGAGGUUCCUAGUCCGAAAGUGGUAGAGUACGAUCCCAGAGCGAUCAGACAUAACCUAUUUUCAAAUGGAUAAAACCUUAGUUUCUCAGUAGCGUCUCAUGUGCUUUGAAUACCUGUGUGUUUAUAAACCUUGCCGUGGGGCACCUAACCAGGUACCAGGUGAGACAGGUAACUAAAAAUAUGAGUAACUUAACUUUUUUUAUGGGUGAUUUUUAUAUAAUCUUAUAUGGUUUGUACAAUAUUAUUCUAAAUUAGUACCAUCAGUGUCAGCCACUUUGCAUGGACCAAAUCUUUGGUCUGACGCUUUAAAGCUCAAACAAAAAUAAAUUAACUUUAUUUAUUAAUACAUGUCUGAGUUUUGAA